GUAGGCUGGAAUUGAAUCUGAGGCCUCAAUGUUGAAAGCCAUGCCGUUUACCAUUAAGCUAUGGCUUAAACCCAAGUCAUUUUCUAUUGAUUGAACUGACUGUUUGAAAUGCAAUUUGGUUGUGCAUCCAAGAGAUGCCUGUGGUACCUUAUGUUUGGAUGCUUUGAUCAUGGCAGGGACAGGAAGCUCCAUGCUAUACUCGUUCCUGCUAUUCGUUAUCAUUCUAUCUCUUCAAGAAAUGUAUCGAGAAAAAUUGGCAUCUUCGGAGCUGUUUACAAUACUUGGGGGCUUGAUUAGCUCUCUCAUAUUUCUCGUUUUGCUAACUUUUGUUGGGAACUUCCAGGAAUCCUGUGGAAUGAGAACUGGUUGGGGUUCUGUUCUAUUCUCAGAAUUGGUUGCUCUCGCUGCAGCUGGAUCAGUGCAUCGUGUUUGUAUCACAACAUGUUUCUUGUUCUCUGCUGGACUUCUCUAUGAGGUUAACAAGCUUUCAGGGAUUAUGCUUAGCAAGAAUGAAGCCAAAGUAAAAAGGCAUUAGAUGCAACACCACGUGCUUGUUCUAGGGUACAUAGGCAUCUUUCUCUAUACUUGUAUGACUCGUCUAAAGAUUUUGUUUUGUUUUUGUUUUUAAUCUUAAAACUGGAGCAUCAUCUCAGCACUUCCAA